AUGCAAUCCAACGAGGGCCCUUCCUCAGAUCUUCCGGUCGCUCCUUCCAUGCGCCGGUCAAGUGAUGCUGCGGAACAUUCUGGACUGACAGACGCCCAACGCACCCAAUACCUCGCUCAAUUUCACAUCAUUGAGCUCGAAUCCUACCUCAAAUGCCAGGAAAAGGUGUCUCAGGAGACCAGCUUGAAUACUCAGGCACUUGCCUCGAUCAUCACCCAACUCCACGAGGUCAAAAGAAAGGGACCCAUCUCGGCAAUAGACAUCGAAAAUGUCAUUGAGAAGGUCAAGGCUGCCAUCUCUGCGACAAAUGCCAGGUCCAAGGCUAUUAACUUGAAGGAGGUUGAGGCUAGAGCUCGAAUUUGGUCAGAGAUUGAGGGGGAGGACCGUCGCUGCCAAAAUUUGAGGACCAAUAUCCCCGCCGCCGCUGCCUUCCUCCACGUUGUUGACACCCUCGAUGGUAUCUACCACAAGUUGGCAAUGGCUCUUCGGGCGUCUCAGCCUCAAUCUUACUACACUUUGAAGAGAGAGAACACCCGGCUUCAGAACAAUGUGGCGGCUCAGGAUGACACCAUUGCUCGCUUGGAGCAGGAGAUUGCGGAGCUGAAGCAAUCCAAGGAAAGUUCGUCUGAAGGGACCCUGAUCAACCUGCUCGACUAG